UGCGCACCAACCGCAGCCACACUCCUCACUUACAGGGGGUUGGUUUGCCACUUGGGUUUUUUCUUGGCUAAAUCACUACACUGACAGGGACACCUCAGUACAGCAGCAAAGUUGACCUUUUAUCUUCCUGCUUUGACAUUACUGCCAUUACAGCCUCUGCUGAGAGUAAAUGGCAAACAAAAUGUGUAUUCCAAGAUUUUUCAAAUGCUCCCUUCUUCCCUUUGCCUUUUGACACAAUGCUAUUGAUAGCACCCAACCUGCCAGGUCAUUUAACUACCACAAUACCACAUAGCAAAUGCAUGACACACUAUAGACUUUUUCUUCUCCCUGCUGCAUAUCACAAAAGGUAGCACUAGGACUCAAACAAAAACAAAUUACCUCAGUAACUCCUGGAAAACUCAAGUGGUUAAUCAGUUACCUUUUAUUUACAUAUAUAUGCUUAAUGCUGAAUUAAGUUGUAAAAACCAAAGGCUGAUUUAUAGCCCCAGUCAGCCUUAAUUAACAUUGAUUCCAGGGGAAUAGUAAAUGUGAAUAGCCUUCACAAUUGAGAUUGAACAAUGAACUCACUGGGUGUUGUCCAAUUUGUAGCAUGAUUUACAUGGAAGCAAGCCCUUCUAUUUCUAGGGUUACCCCUUUUUUUUAUCUGGUGUUUAGGAUGGGUUAUAUAUAAUCCAUAGAUAGGAACAUUUGCUGUCAAAUAUUCUCCCUGAUUUAGGGUUGGCCUUUACCAUGGUCACUAUAAAUAAGGGAGAAAAAAACCCAAUUUGAGGCUUUGCAGGGAUUCCUUUUUCUUGCAAUGUGUCAUCGCUUCUCCAUUUCAUGGCAUUUUUACGAAGUGGCCAUAAUGAAAGUCAGAUUAAAUGUACAGGAUAUAUACAUUUAAUCAACAGCCAUUGGAGUCAGUAGUGCUGGAAGAGUUAUAAAAGCCCCUGUGAAUGCAAAUUUAUUGCAAAAGAAUCUGCGUCUCAGUGGUAGGAAUAUCUGCUGAAUGGUACUACCUGACACAGAACACCUAAAACUUUCAAAAGUGAAUUAUUUAAGUGUAAGACUUUGCUUGUAAAGCCGCCAGCUGCUGGAUUUCAAGACUUGAAACUGGUCCAAAACAUGGGACUAGGUACUUUAUUUGUGCACUAGAGUAAAUACUCUGAUUUUACUGCCAAUUUAAAUGUGCUCAGUUUACAGUAAUGAGCUUGUAUAGGCAAUACCUUGUUUAUAGAAAGUGGAACAGGAAGAAACUAACAUUAACCAUUAACAGUAGCAAUUUCUCUUGCUUUCAGCUCUAACUUUAUGCCAAAUAGAUCCUUCCCAUGUCCUAUCUGAAAUAUUUACUAUUACUGUUCUUUUUCUAAGUCAGUGGGAUAAAUGGAGCAUUCAAUAAAAUCAUGCAGCUUUUCCUUCCAGUCAGCUUGAAUUGCAGCCCUCUUUUGUAAUUCCAAGGCACUAUUUCUCAUUCCUAUGGUGAAAUGUAUUUCAAGAACAAAUGUAUAUCCUCUGUACUAGCAAACCUGAUGAUAGGUGUUAAUCACAGUAGAAUGGAGUUAACAUUUUUUAAUCUAUUUUAAAAAAGAACAGACCACUUUUCUAAGGGAAAUGUACUGAAUUGUGGCUGCCACAAUUUCUCAGGUUCUUGUACUCAACCAAACUGCUUUAUUCUUUCAAUGCAGCUCACACGAGAAGCCCAUGUGUUUAUGUACAUCCUGUCACCUUAAACAAACAUGCUUACAUCUUCUCUGGCCAUCUGCUCUUGAAGCUGGAAGCUUUUCUCCCUUCCCCUCCCUCCUCAGCACCCCCCAACACACUCACUGGGUGCAGAGUUAACUCGGAGAACACUCACUGGAAAGCAUGAAGUAAAUUCCUUCUUCCACACAGGUCACAGAUCUGUGUUUCUUUGCUUCACUUAUAGUUUAGAAGUGACAACGAUACCCCAGAAGAUUUUGGCUUAUGGUGUUGGUCACUAGAGAUCAUACUGGUGAUUCUUUAUCUCAUUUUGGGUUAGCUCCAGAACGCCCUAACAGGGACCAGUACUUGUGUUUGGUGAAGAGUUUCAUCACUGAGCAGGAAGACACCAGCACAGUUUGAGGAGCUCACAGUCCAAGGACAUAAACAUGUUCAGGAUAAAUAGGAUAUGCAAGGAAAGCAAUGGUAGUGGUGUGGUAGGUCCUGAGUUCAGCAAGUUCUGAAAACCUAAACAGAAGGGGCAAGGGGGAAUAAAGAAAGGACAUGCUCUGGAAUGGAUGGAGGGACGCACAGCAGAGGCUGAAGUUUGAGGCAUAGGGAAGAUGAGGAAACACAACAGAAACACAGUGGUAACAGCAAAAGCACAUGGAAUUGUUGGUUUCUGUGUAGUUUUCCAGGCAGGCACAGGUUCCUCCCACACAUGGCCGCAGUGAGCCGGACACGAGUGAGCUCUGGAGCAGGAGCUGUGACACUGCAGUCACUGUGGCACCGAGCCUGAGCUAAUAAAUCCUGCUGAGAGGAACACAGCUACAGGACUUCCAUUUGGCUUGGAGAAUAGGUUUGAGCAAGCUCAUGUCUGGUAACUGAAAACUCUACAGAUGUAUAUUUGCUUUUCUGUGUAUAAAGAUGGGCCAGUUUCUCUCACCUGUGUAUCUCUGAUUGGAACUGAGACUCAUCAAGCUUUCAAAGGAUCCCCUGUCUUUAUAAAUACAGCCAUGUGUGCAAAAAAAACAAACUGGGUGGUGAAUACUCCUUCUCUCUGUGUGUGAACUCCUGCUUUCAGUGGAGUCAGGGGUAAAACUCUGUAUUUCAAUGCAAUCAGGACAUCCUCUUACACAUUUAAAGUUGUAUUUCAUGGAAUCCAAUAAAAUCCAUUGAUAUCUGGACUCUAAGGAAACCAGUUGGUGCCUGGACUUUUGUAACACUUUCAUUCUUAGAAAUAUUUAAAAGACAGAAAUAGUCUGAAUACCUGGAAAACUUUUCACUCAGUCAUUUUCAUGUAGUGACUUCUUUAAUACCUGCUAAUAAAUAAUUGCUGUUCUUAAUUCAGCAGAAAGUGACAUGCAUGCAGCUACCAUUAAAAAUCUACUUUAAAUAAACUCAUUUGUCAUUACCUUUCUCAACACAGCUGUUGUCAGCACCAUUACCAUUUAAAUUUGUUUUGCCCCUGACAAUUAAAAUGAUAUCAACACUGAGAGAAUGUAACAAUUUCCAUUGUUCCUAGCAGAUAAGCAAGUUAAUUUUGUGCUGCAAGCCGUCACUGUAGCCAUAAUUAACUGACUGUGUAUUGAAGAACUGUGAUGUUUGAGAUUAUUCAGCCUUGACUGGGAUGUAUCAGUGACUAAAUGUUUACUUACUGAACUGAGUGAUUACUCCAAAACCUUGUCUUGUCUCCAGCAGUUUCAAGGCUUUUUCUCUGAUACAGAUUUUCAUCAAUAAUGAGUGGCAGAAUUCUGAAAGUGGAAGAAUAUUCCCAGUAUAUAAUCCAGCAACAGGAGAACAAAUCUGUGACAUUCAGGAAGCUGACAAAGUUGAUACAGACAAGGCAGUGAGGGCAGCUCGGCUGGCUUUUUCCCUGGGGUCGGUUUGGAGGAGAAUGGAUGCCUCAGAAAGAGGCCAUCUCUUGGAUAAGUUAGCAGACUUGGUCGAAAGGGACAGGGCAAUUCUUGCUACUAUGGAAUCACUGAACAGUGGCAAACCAUUCUUGCAAGCUUUCUAUGUAGAUCUCCAGGGAGUCAUAAAAACCCUGAGGUAUUACGCUGGUUGGGCAGACAAAAUCCAUGGAAUGACCAUUCCUGUAGAUGGAGAUUAUUUUACGUUUACAAGACAUGAACCCAUCGGAGUGUGUGGACAGAUCAUCCCUUGGAACUUCCCCCUGCUGAUGUUUGCAUGGAAGAUUGCUCCUGCUCUGUGCUGUGGCAAUACAGUAGUUAUUAAACCAGCCGAACAAACACCACUCAGUGCUCUCUACAUGGGUGCCCUCAUCAAGGAGGCUGGCUUUCCACCAGGAGUUGUCAAUAUUUUGCCAGGAUUUGGUCCAAUUGUUGGUGCAGCCAUAGCCUCUCAUGUUGGCAUUGAUAAAAUUGCUUUCACUGGAUCCACUGAGGUUGGGAAGCUGAUCCAAGAAGCAGCUGGAAGGAGUAAUUUGAAGAGAGUUACACUGGAGCUGGGUGGGAAAAGCCCAAACAUCAUUUUCGCAGAUGCUGAUUUGGACUAUGCUGUGGAACAAGCUCACCAAGGAGUCUUCUUCAAUCAAGGUCAGUGCUGCACUGCAGGCUCACGGAUUUAUGUGGAAGAAUCAAUCUACGAAGAGUUUGUCAGAAGGAGUGUAGAACGUGCAAAGAGGAGAGUUGUGGGGAGUCCUUUUGACCCAACUACAGAACAAGGUCCACAGAUUGAUAAAAAACAAUACAACAAGAUCUUGGAACUGAUUCAAAGUGGCAUCACUGAAGGAGCAAAACUUGAAUGUGGGGGAAAGGGGCUGGGAAGAAAGGGAUUCUUCAUUGAACCUACGGUGUUUUCCAAUGUAACAGAUGACAUGCGGAUUGCCAAGGAGGAGAUUUUUGGGCCUGUUCAAGAAAUAUUGAGAUUUAAAACCAUGGAUGAAGUUAUAGAGAGAGCAAACAAUUCUGAUUUUGGGCUGGUAGCUGCUGUCUUUACAAAUGACAUAAACAAGGCCCUGACAGUCUCUUCAGCAAUGCAGGCUGGGACGGUCUGGAUAAAUUGCUACAAUGCCUUAAAUGCCCAAAGUCCUUUUGGAGGAUUCAAAAUGUCUGGCAAUGGGAGAGAGAUGGGUGAAUGUGGAUUGAGAGAAUAUUCUGAAGUUAAAACUGUGACAAUAAAGAUCCCUCAGAAGAACUCCUAAAACGACAAAGGACCGUGUUGUGCAGAAGAGCACAUGAUGCCACCUUCUCUAUUCCUUAUGGAGACCAGCACUCAGGAAUAAAAAGUGUUACACAAUAUUUAAGAAAUUAAGUUGCAACACAUAUAUACUGGGCACAUAACUGCGUACGUAAUGCAAACCAACUCUGCAUGUUUUCAUGAAACUCUCCUGAGAAUCGUUACAUCUUUUUAAAACAAAUUAUAAUGAGAUAAAAUUGCUACUGGGCAUCAUUUAAAAACGGUUCCAGCUAUAAAACUGUUAAAUGCAAAUGCAUGCACACACACAUUUAUCUCUUCCUUAAAUAAACAAAGUAAGUCUUACUGCUUUCAGGCUGCCUUCUCAAACAGACCUGCCUUGUACUGACAUUGUAGUUUCAAUCAGGGCUCUACAAGCCAGAUUUCACCCAAAACACUAGCAGUGAACAACACAAACAAGUGUCAUUGAUGUUCUUAAAAAAUAAAAGAUUCUGAAUGGUAAUGGCCCCAAACCUGGCAUAGUGGCAACUUUCCAAUUAGCACGCCCACAGAAAGAGGUCAGACUGGGGAGGGAAUCAAUCUGCUGCAUGGCCAAUGAAAGCCAAAUACUUAUCAGAGAGAUUUGGCUUUCAAGGCUCACAACAAUUUGGAUUUCAAAGCUUAUUUUCAUAAUUACUUUAUGUCUUGCUAUGAGCAAAAAGUCCUCCUUCAUUUCCAGGAACUUGAAGGGAUUUACCUGCCUGCCAAAAGAGCAAGGCCAGACAGGGUGGGUGGGUGUUAACGAGAACAGGAACAGAUUCCAAGGCUUCAGAGAAUACUUUAGCUUUCACUGCUUGUCUAGUUUUGUUGUUGUUGAUGUUGUUGUUACUGUUGUUGCUUUCACCUUGUUGGUUUUUUUUAAAACAAAUAUAUGCACGCACAGGCUCCAUUUAUUUGUCUGCUAUUAAAGUGUCUGUGAUUACACUGGGAGUCAUUAAGAACUUGUUACAGCUUUUACUUAAUGAUGUCUUGCCAUCCUCACCAUGCUUGUGCACCUCAGGUGAUGUUAGUGGCUGGUACUGAGCUUUCAAUUAUUUGGUUUCUUUUGGUCCAGGACAAAAAUAUGAGCAAGCUCUUUCAGAAGUGAGGUGUUUAAAGCCUGUCACAUUAUUACCUGCUGCCUACAGAGACUCUUCAAAUCUAUUACUGACAAACUAAACACUAUCUCUUUCUUUUUUCAGCUGCAGAGCUUAUCAAUUCCCCAGUUGUUUUUUGGUUGUUUUUUUUUUUGAGGUUUCAUUUUAUGUUUUAACUUAGAAUUAAGAAAAUCUAUUUUAGAAGUAUAGUAAAUCAUCCACACAGUGUAGCUACAUGAUCUGGGGUAUAAGGACAGAAUUACAGCCUCAGGUGUAAGUUUUCCUAGAUACAGAGUCUAUGCUAUGAACUGUUGAAAACUCCAGCCCUGAUCAGAAGCUUAAUUUUGCGUGUUCCUAACUUCCUUUAGUCUCUGAAGAAUUCCUCUUAGAUUUGAAGUUGUAUGUGUCCUUCAACAUACUGCUGGCUCAGGACAAGAGUCUCCAGCACUUUGUAGUGUGGUGGCCCUCAAUAUUUUGUAACUCAUGUCAAACUGUGUAUGUGUUUUUAAGCAAUACCUUACAUAUGUUAUGGUUAUUCAGAACUGAUAGUACAUUCACAGACAUGGAGAUAAAUCAAAGUAUUCCUGAGUUGUUAAAUUCAAAUGCCAUAUACUUCUACUGUAGUGUAUGUCAGAGUGAAGAAAAACAAAAUACAGCAAGUAAGAGAUUAGUUAUCUUUUAAACUGCAAUAUAAGAUGUGAAAAAGGAGAUUUUACUUCUUUUCUCCUAUUUACUUAAAAAAGAAACUUCCUGUGCUUACAGCAUUUACGCCAUGUACUCUUUUGUAUUCUUUUUGUGUAUUUUGUAUGUCUGUGCUUUAUUCCCAAUACAUUCAGGUAAAUAAUAUAGAGUUGCCAUUUUUUUCAACCCUGUCACUGCAGCUCCAUUUGAUGUACAUGGAUUUGUGAAAUCCUUUUUUAGAUGUACCAUCUGCAUGGAUCCAACAAAACAUUUUUCCAGUCCCUGCAGCUUUUUGUUACAGUUUUUAAUCAUGUAUAUAGUUAUAUGUUAUUAAAAAAGUAAAAGGAUAUUUUCUAUGAAGUUUUUUCCAUUAAAAAGGUUUAGAGAAAGA